GACCCCCGAACUCAAAAGGGAAACACACCUUCCCCUAUUUCUCUCGUCUCCCUCAGUCCACCCCCCGAUUUUCCUUCGAUUUUCUCGAGAAAAUCUAACUUCGAGAAAAAUUUCUCGAGAAAAUAUCAGCUUUCAUUUCACAGCAAUACACACACAUACACAUAAAUAGAUGGAUCGGAGGAGACCUGCGAGUCCGGGGUACUCGCGCCAGUGGAGCGGAGGAUCGAGCAGCGCAGGCUCUUCUCCGGCGAUGUCCCCGGCGCACCCUCACUCCCGGCUUAAUCCGUCGGCCACCGGAAUCUCCACCAUCAAGCGAAAUCAAAACUUCGCCGCUAAAGCCGCGGCUCAGCGGCUAGCUCAGGUCAUGGCUUCUCAGUCCACCGGCGAUGACGAAGACGACGACGAUGAUCUCGGUUUCCAAUUCGCUCAGCCGCGUCAUGGACCGUCUUCUUUGUCCGGAAAUGGUUUUACUAACGGCGCAAAGCCUCUUCCGGCGAUUCCGGUUACUCGGCCUAAUAGAUCUCCGUCUCCUGCGUUAGGUAGGAACUUUGUAGAGCAUACAACAUCGGUUCGUUCCACAUCAGCAGGGAGACCCUCUAUAUCAGUUCGUUCAGCGGCAGUAGUGCCACCGCUGAGCAAACCCUCGCUUAGAACUCCGGUAACCAUACCUCCAAUUGAUCCUCCUACUAGGAAUAGAGAUAAAAGGUUUACGCCAGAUAUUGGACAGUUAAACCCCAAAGCCCCAGGAGAUGAGCGUGAGGCUUCUGCACUUCGUGAUGAACUUGAUAUGCUACAAGAAGAUAAUGAGAUUAUACUCGAGAAGCUUCGCCUUGCUGAAGAAAAACAUGCGCAAGCAGAGGCCAGAGCAAAGGAACUUGAGAAACAGGUUGCUAAUCUGGGUGAAGGUGUAAGCAUGGAAGCCAAAUUGUUGAGCAGGAAGGAAGCAGCUUUGCGUUCAAGAGAGGCUGCUCUUCUCGCUGCCAAGCAAAACAAGGAUGGGAAAGAGGAGGAAAUUGCAACUCUUCGUUCAGAAAUUGAGAAUUUAAAAGACGGGGCUACAGCAGCAGUUGAACAGCUUCGAGAAGCAGAAUCUGAAGCAAGGACUCUUCGUACAAAGACGCAAAGAAUGAUUUUAACUCAAGAAGAGAUGGAGGAAGUUGUUUUGAAGAGAUGUUGGCUUGCUCGUUACUGGGGUUUAGCUGUGCAACAUGGCAUAUGUGCAGAUAUAGCAGUGUCAAAGCGUGAGCACUGGUCGUCGUUAGCUCCUCUUCCCUUUGAAGUUGUCAUUUCUGCUGGACAAAAGGCAAAGGAGGAAUCUUGGGGAAAAAGUGGUGAUGAUCCAGAUAGAAGUAAGCUGGCACGGGAUUUAACUGACCUUACCGGCGAAGGAAAUAUUGAGAGUAUGCUUUCAGUGGAAAUGGGUAUGAGGGAACUAUCUUCUCUAAAGGUUGAGGAUGCUGUUGCGAUUGCAUUGGCCAAACAUAUACGUCCUAAUUCCGUUCGGCAGUCCAUUUUAGAUUCCAAAUCACCUGGCGACCCUAAGUUCAUGGAGGCAUUUGAUCUUAGUGAUGAGGAAAUUGAAGAUAUUUCUUUCAAAGUGGCUUGGCUGACUUACUUUUGGAGAAGAGCUAAAGUACAUGGUGUGGAAGACGAUAUUGCAGACGACCGGCUUCAGCUAUGGAUAAGCCACAGUGCACAGACACCAACUUGCCAUGAUGCCGUGGAUGUGGAGCGGGGUUUGUAUGAGCUGAGGAAGCUGGGGAUAGAACAGCAACUUUGGGAAGCAUCUCGUAAGGAAAUCGAUCAGCCCAUCUCGGCUUACAAAUCAGCUGCAUCAGAUUUUGAUCCCUCUUCGUGAUAGCAUAUUUUGAUCCCUCUUCGUAUCAGACAGCAGAUUUUGGUCCCUCUUCGUGAUAGACGCCGCCUUCAGAUUGUUUGUUAUGCCAAUUCUUUUUUCUUUUUAUACUUUUCACAUAAAGUUCUUGUCCACGCUGCUAGCAUUUCUCUCUCUCUCGCGCAUAAGCACUAGAGUUCCCUGUAUAAUUAAACAGAGUUGGGAUUGUGGUACGCAUAUCACUCAAUUUUUUCUAUGUAAUCAAGUUCACAUUUUUUUUUU